AUUCAAUGUACCAUUAGGGCCCCAUUUGGGGGGUCUGUACGAAGCUGCAGUAAAAAGUUUUAAACUACACCUGAAACGGGUGAUGGGUGAUAGUGUAUUAACUCAAGAGGAGUUUCAAACGUUGACAGCCCGUAUUGAGGCUAUUCUAAAUUCACGUCCUCUCACUCCACUCUCCUCUGACCCACUUGAUUAUCAGGUUCUCACCCCUGGCCAUUUCUUAAUUGGUCGGCCAUUAGUAGCGUUACCAGAAAGGCAAUAUGACACGGAAAGUCCACCAUUUCUGCAUAGGUGGAAUUUGGUGGAGUUGUAUGCCCAACAAUUUUGGCAACGUUGGCACCUUGAGUACCUUCAUUCACUCCAACCACGAGGGAAGUGGUUGGAACAAGCCGGGAAUCUGGAGGAGGGAACAUUGGUUCUUCUCCAUGAUCCUCAAAGCCCCCCCUUAAAAUGGACUCGAGGCCGAGUCUUACGUACAUUUCCAGGGAAAGAUAACAACACGAGAGUAGUAGAAGUCAAAACUCCCAACGGAGUGUACAAAAGACCGGUGGUAAAAUUGUAUGCUCUGCCAUUGGGUAGUUCUCAAUAGUUAAUUUAGCCUUCUCGUAACAAAUGAAAUCUACUCUAUGUUCAAGAUGAGCAAUAACGAGAAGUCAGUAUCUACUCACCCAUCUCCCAUAUCGACCAGUAUGUCUUCCCCUCCCUCCGCUCCAUCGACCAGUGUGUCUUCCUCUCCCUCCGCUCCAUCGACCAGUGUGUCUUCCCCUCCCUCCG